GUGGGGUUAGGCCGUUGCACGCCGGAAGUGGCAGCUGAACGGGGGCACUGAGGUGUCGGCCGGCGGGGCAGUGGCCCGGAGCGGGGGGCGGGGGCGUUGGUCAUGUUUCCCUUUGGGCCCCAUAGCCCUGGAGGGGACGGAUCGGCCGGAGCCGGGGCUGAGGAGCCGGUGCCCCACGAGGGGCAGGCAGCAGCCACCAGGCCGCCCUCGCCGCUACAUCCCGGGGCUGAUGCGACCCAUCCCCCUCCACCCUCCCGGAGCCCUCGCCGCCCCGGCGCCCCAUCGCUGUCCCCGGCCCCGCGCUCCGGAGAGCUAGGGCUGCCCGGAGCUCCGGAGUCCUCAGCUGCCUCCGCCCCGGGAGAGCCGUCACCCCCCUCCCCUCCGCGCCGGCGGCCCGGGCCAGACUGCAAGGCCGACAGCCGGGGCCGACACGGCCUCGGCGCGGGCCUGGUCGGCCCUGGCGCCAGGCUGUUCGGGUGGCUGAAAGAGCGCAGCCUGGGCCGAGGGCUGUUCGUAGACCCGGCGCGGGACAAUUUUCGCACCAUGACUAGCCUCUACGGUUCCAUCCACCCCGCGGACUCGGUGUACCUCAGCACCCGCACCCACGGCGCCGUCUUCAACCUCGAGUACUCGCCCGACGGGUCAGUGCUGACAGUUGCUUGUGAACAAACUGAAGUUCUGCUUUUUGACCCUAUAUCUUCAAAGCACAUAAAAACACUUUCUGAAGCUCAUGAAGACUGUGUAAAUAAUAUCAGAUUUCUUGAUAACCGGCUGUUUGCUACCUGCUCUGAUGACACUACAAUAGCACUAUGGGAUCUGAGAAAAUUGAACACCAAAGUAUGCACUUUACAUGGUCACACUAGCUGGGUGAAGAACAUCGAAUAUGAUACUAAUACAAGACUCUUAGUAACAUCAGGAUUUGAUGGAAAUGUCAUUAUUUGGGACACUAACAGGUAUACAGAAGAUGGGUGUCCACAUAAGAAAUUCUUUCACACACGUUUUCUCAUGCGAAUGAGGUUAACACCAGAUUGUUCCAAAAUGUUGAUUUCAACAUCCUCUGGAUAUCUCUUAAUUUUGCAUGAUCUUGACUUAACUAAGUCUUUAGAAGUAGGCAGCUAUCCCAUUUUAAGAGCAAGAAGAACUACUUCAAGUUCAGAUUUGACCACUUCAUCAAGUUCAUCUGGUCCUAGAGUUUCUGGCUCACCUUGUCAUCAUAGUGAUUCUAAUUCUUCUGAGAAACACAUGUCACGAGCCUCUCAAAGAGAAGGAGUUUCACCACGAAAUAGUCUUGAAGUCGUAACCCCUGAAGUUCUUGGUGAGAGUGACCACGGAAACUGCAUCACGUCCUUACAGCUGCACCCAAAAGGCUGGGCCACUCUUCUUCGGUGCUCAAGCAACAGUGAUGAUGAGGAGUGUACUUGUGUCUAUGAAUUUCAAGAAGGAGCUCCAGUACGACCUGUCUCACCUCGCUGUUCUCUACGACUGACUCAUUACAUUGAAGAAGCCAAUGUAGGCAGGGGUUACAUCAAAGAACUUUGCUUCAGCCCCGAUGGACGAAUGAUUUCUUCCCCACAUGGCUAUGGGAUUCGCUUGUUGGGAUUUGACAAACAGUGCAGUGAACUUGUUGACUGCUUGCCCAAAGAAGCCAGUCCCCUGCGGGUGAUCCGUUCUCUGUACUCUCAUAAUGAUGUGGUACUGACAACAAAGUUCUCUCCAACACAUUGUCAGAUUGCCUCAGGGUGCCUUAGUGGACGGGUUUCUUUGUAUCAGCCAAAGUUUUAGGCACAACUUACAUCAAAUAAGGAACUCUUCUGGUGUUUGACUUAGGAAUUGCUUCAAUUUAGAUGAAGUAUUUUCUUUUUAGAAGACCUUAUAAGUUUGGGUCAAGAUCCUGGUUCUUAUGGGUCCAUGAACACACUUGUGACCUUAGUACUUGGUCAUCCAGCAUCAUACAGGCAUCUCCAAGUUAGACUCUAUGCAGCAUCAUCUUUUUCAGCAUUCCUCUGCUCCUGCUGAUCUGUGCCACUGAACUCCGGUUCUUCUGGUCAUUUUGCAUGGUAGCUCUUGUCAAGUUCCUUCCUUCCUCACUCUCUAUUUCUCUUUCCCUCUCCCUGUCCCUCUCUUUCUUUGUGUUUUUUGAUUUUGGUGUCAAUUUUGUGGACAUUUGGCAGGAGUUUUGACUGGGGUAGGAGAAACCCAGGACAUUAGAAUUGAAUAAAACCUAGAAGUUGGAUAUUGGCAUAUUGGUUGUUGAAAAUAAAUUUCAUCCUCACUUAUGAGUAUACUUGGCCUUUUAAAGUUACUCUUACGUUUAUCUAUAUUGAGCACAGAUAAUGGCAUUAUUCUUAUAAUUGUAAAGAUAGUCUUGCAACAAAAUGUCUUUUAAGUUUCCUGUUAAAAUUAUAAAAAGAUUUUCAUGGUGAGAGGGAUUUUAUUGUGAAAUUCUAGAAAAAAAUAUUACCACCUCUCUUUGUAAUUUACUUUACUUGUAUGAAUUUAACAUCUCUAGCAUGUAUCCUUACUUGAUAUUUUGUUCCUAUCAACAGCAUUAGAAAGGAAAGGAGACAGAAUGAGCUUUGGUUAUUUCUAUUGCACAGAAAAGGAUUUUUAAAAUUAGAUUAGUAUAAUAUCUGGCCAUAGAGUGAUAAGAACAAUAUGACUUAGAUUUUCUGUAUUUCAUUUGCCAGAUUAUUUGAAUCACACAGGAUGAUGUGUUAACAGUAUUAGGGUGGAAGAGGAAUCAAGAGUAAAGGGGUAGGGGUUUACUCAUUUUUCUUCCCUGAGCCAGGUGUCACAAGCCAACUCUGUCACCAUUAGUGAGGGGAGAGUUGCAGUCCUCUUCAAGCUGUUAUCAUAAGUACAGUAGUCAGUGACUUGGAUAUCAAGACUAAGUGCUGAUAUGAAGACUUGCCUUUGUGUUUUGUUAUGAAACACGCAAGCAUAAAGCAGGACUCAAGCACAAGGCUGACUGUUCUACUUUGAAUAACAGCAUCCUUGCAGUCUCCUCCAAAUGGGUGGCACUGUGUUUAGAAGGGAUUACCAAAGGCUGGAGCAAUUUAAGCUAUGCACUAGCCUUGCCCUCUUAGGUUGCAUUCUCUUUAGGCCACUAGUUCUCAAACAUUAGGGUGCAUUGUAACCAUUACAGAGCUUGUGAAAAGUGCAGAAACCUGAGCCUCACCUUAUGAGAUUCUGAUUCAGCCAGGGGGAGGACAGCAAUCUGCAUUUUUCAUAGCAACCUCAAGUAAUCUUUAUUCUGAGGGUCUCUGGAUUGCAGGUUGAAAAACACAACGUUAAUCAGCAGUAAAUUCUUCUCUACUCGGCCAGGCGCAGUGGCUCACGCCUGUAAUCCCAGCACUUUGGGAGGCCGAGGCGGCUGGAUCACAAGGUCAGGAAUUUGAGACCAGCCUGACCAACAUGGUGAAACCCCAUCUCUACUAAAAAUACAAAAAUUAGCCGGGCGUGGUGGUGCACGCCUGUAAUCCCAGCUACCCAGGAGGCUGAGGCAGGAGAAUCACUUGAACCCGGGAGGCGGAGGGUGCAGUGAGCUGAGAUUGCGCCACUGCACUCCAGCCUGGGCGACAGAGCGAGACCCCGUCUCAAAAAAAAAAAAGAAAAAAAUUCUUCUUUACCCAUUUGGGCUUAAGACAAUUCCCAGAAAGUGUUUUCAUUAUUUAAAAAACAAUAAUAGUAAAUGAAAGCAAUUUUAGAGGUGGAAAAUACCUUAGAAUGGAAUCACUUGCAUUAUUUGACAAAUGAGAGAAGUGACAUGACUUGCCUAAGGUCAUCCUGCAAAGUUAGUGGCAGAGUUGGGACUUGAAUUCCAGUCUUCUAAUUCCUUGGUCAGGGCAAUUUCUACUGUGUUAUGCUGUCUGUUAGACACAAUGACUUAUGGACAGUUUGUCUUUAAGUUGUAUUAUUGUGAAUACCCUUAAACUGGCCAAUAGAUUUUAGAAAGGCAGGCAUGGGAGUAGAUGCGGAGAGUUCUAGCCAUAAGAAAAGUAUUUUAAAUCUUACAGAAAUGUUUAAACAACCCAAAAUACAUGAAUAAAAAUGACAUUUCUUUGUAGGACCUGCCAACUAACUAUUCACACACAUUUAUAGAGGUUAUAAGGAUCUUGCUCUAGAACAAAUUUUUGAAAUUAGAUCAUUUUACCAUGGAUGUUAACAAAAUUGGAAAUUUUUUGUCAUUGAGAAAAUUACCACAAAGCACAGUAAAUACAUAUACUUGCCAUACAUUUUGUAAAAAACACAUUUUUUAAAGAAAAUAGGGAUGGGCAUGGUGGCUCAUGCCUGUAAUCCCAGCGCUUUGGGAGGCCGAGGUGGGAGGAUCGCUUGAGCCCAGGAGUUCCAGACCAAUCUGUGCAACAUGGCGAAACCCCGCCUCUACCAAAAAUACAAAAAUUAGAUGGGCAUGUUGGUACACGCCUGUAGUCCUAGCUACUCAGGAGGCUGAGGUGGGAGGAUGGUUUGAGCCUGGGAGGCGGAGGCUGCAGUGAGCCAAGAUUGCACUAUUGCACUCCACCCUGGGCGACAGAGCCAGAUCCUGUCUCAAAAAAUAAAAAUAGGCUGGGCAUGGUGGCUCAUGCCUGUAAUCCCAGCACUUUGGGAGGCUGAGGUGAGUGGAUCACUUGAGGUCAGGAGUUUGAGAACAGCCUAGCCAACAUGGUGAAACCCUGUCUCUACCAAAAAUACAAAAAUCAUAGCCAAGCGUGGUGGCAGGUACCUGUAAUCCCAGUUACUCAGGAGGCUGAGGCAGGAGACCCGCAUGAACCUGGGAGGCAGAGGUUGCAGUGAGCCGAGAUCGCACCACUGCACUCUAGCCUGGCCAGCAGAGCGAGACUCCGCCUCAAAAAAAAUAAUAAAAUAAAAUAAAAUUAGUUUUGGAGGUGAAAACACCCAAACUAUGUUAUUAUUUAAAAAUACCUACCAAGUACUGUGGUCAUAUUGAUAUUCAAAAGAAGUUUCAUAAAUCGUAUCAACUCUGGAAAGAGUUCCAUGUCAGAUGCUAGACCAGCAAGUUGCCCAACUCAAAAUUCAGCCAAUGAUUCUUUACUAUAGAGUACCUAUCAUGUGUCAAAUAAUAUACAGACUUCACUACUAACCCUCACAAAAACUUGCAGGGUAGGUGGAAUGAGCCCCAGUUUAAUUUGGAGGUAAUAGUGGGUCAGAAAGAUUAAAUGACUUGCCUUAAGUCAUAGAGUUAGCAGUGAGUGGCAGCACUGGGAUUCAAAUCCAGGUUUGUGUCUUUUUGUCCAAAGCCUGUGCUUACUGCUUUACCAUUGUGCUCUUUAGUUUGUAAAGUAUGGUAAGCUGGCCUGUUAUUUGUUUAGUAUCUUCUGGAAUUUUUUUUUUUAAUUAUAGAGCUAGCUUACCAUGUGUAUCAUGUAAAAAAAAUUUUAUAAGAUUAACAAUUUCCAUGAGAAUAUCAUAAACUCAGGGCACACAUUCUGGCCAUUCCUAACUAAAAAACUUCAAGCAGAAUAAGCAGCUAUAAAAUAGAAAAGAAAAAUUAAGGAUAAGUGGCAUUGUGAAAAAAACAGAGCCACACAGAUGAGAAUUAAAAAUUAACAGCCAGCAAACUCAAAAGAACCUUUGUCCUCCUUGAGGUAUGGUGAUGAUCAAAAAGUUAUCAAGGAAUAUUAAUCAAGGAAUUAAAGGGCAUUAGGAAUGCUAUCGUAUUAGAAGAAAUUACAUCUUAACAUUUCAAAGCCCCAUUUCACUUAAGAGUAUAAACUCUAAUCUGAUGUUUUUUACUCUGAAUUUUAUUCAGUAAUUUUUAUUUAUAAUUCAUGAUAAUUGGUAAUGUAGUAUAAUUGUGAAUAAAUGCAGUACAAAUUGUUCUGUUUUAAAAAGUUUUCUGCAGAACAGUGCAUUUAUGGCAAUGCUAUGUUUAAUGAGUUAGGGACAUCAAAUAUAUAGUAGUUCCUUAUUUUCAAUUUUGAAAAUGAAACGGCUAAAGCAGAAGAGACGUCUGUUUUAGUCUUUUAAAAAUGUGUGUGGGUGGUCUUUUUUCCUCAGAAGCCCAAAGCACAUGUAUAUUUUGUUAUUUCUCCUUGCUAUAUUCCUGAGACUAUACUAAAGACUUUAAGAAAAGGAACAAGAAAAAGGUAAAUUCAUGUGUUCCCCACUGCUGUGUCUAGAACCAAGAUCACAUUAUAUCAUUGUUAAAAUUGUGUUAUCUAGAAAGUGCAAUAUAGGGAAAACACUCUGAGAAUCUUUUAAAAGCCUAGUGUUUCCCUUAUUUGUCAGAAUAUGUGGUACUGGCAUCCAUAAGUAUCUUUUAACUUGCAUUUAGCAGGACAAAUAGUGUGAUACUUAUACUGAUGACAAUCAUCCCCAUUUAAUGACCAGCAGUCACUGAGUGCUGUGAAAAUUCACUCAGUGAUACGCCGUGUUGGUCUUGAAGGAAACCGUACAUAUGAAUUUUUGGAUAGCUAAUGUGUAUCUCUUAAGUGCCAACAUUUAAAACUUGUAAUUAUUUUUGAUGUAUUUCAGGUAUGUUAGUAUACCUUCCUGCCUUCUUCUUAAACAUCAUGCUCAGUAUAAUUCACAUUUUCAUGAUGAAAAGUUAAAGUUAUAUUCAUAAUGUAUUAUUAUAAGUAUCCAGCUCUGAUGUAUGUAAAACACUUCAUAAAAUGUAAAGGGCUAUAACAAAUAUGUUAUAAAGUGAUUCUCUCAGCCCUGAGGUAUACACAAUCAUUUGCCUCAGACUGCUGUUGGAUUUUAAAAUUUUUUAAAUAUCUGCUAAGUAAUUUGCUAUGUCUUCUCUCACACUAUCAAUAUGCCUGCUUCUGACAGGCUCCCCACUUUCUUCUAAUGUGCUGUUAGGAGCUUUGGACAUGAAACCGUGCCUGUUCAGAGUGUCUACAGUAAAGAGUUGGACAAACUCUGGGGGGACACAGUCUUUGAGACAGCUCUUUUGGUUGCUUUCCACUUUUCUGAAAGGUUCACAGUAACCUUCUAGAUAAUAGAAACUCCCAGUUAAAGCCUAGGCUAGCAAUUUUUUUUAGUUGCAACUAAGUAAGAUAUACUACAAACUAAGGAUGCUGCUAGAUUAAGGAAUAAACAGCAAUGUACCAAAGUACAGCAAAGCAACAACAAAGGCUCUGUAUUUGCAAAGGGGUCUAUCAUGCUUUUAAGAAAAAAGAAGAGUACAGGAAAAAAAUUCAGAUAGACAUAAGAGUAUUUUGGAUGCCAUUAAACUUUGUCAAUAACCAUUAAAACAUAGGCUUAAAUUAUCAUGUAUUGUUACAAAGACACAGUUUUGUCUCAUUAUAAAAUAAGAUUAUAUGAAAUUUAUAUUCUAGAAAUGAUUCUAAAUCAUGUCCUAAGAAUUUCUCCCAUUCAAAUGAUAAUGGAAAUUACUAUCAAAAGGAAAAUCUCAGAGUUACCAUUAUGCUGCUUUCUUUAGUUGUAAAUGAACUAGGGAUAAAGAUAUGGGUUUUAUCAAAAGCCCCAAAGAAUAUAUCUCACAUACACCUCCUAUAUGUAUGUGUAUAUAAAUGCCACUAUAAAUGAAAAUGUCACCCAGAGAUAAUAAAAUAAUUUUUAAAGUUUAAAUCUGGUCCAAAGUCUUUAAAAUAGGUAGAAUUUUCAGCUUUCUUAAGUUUCUCCCUCAUUUAGAUUUCACGGUUUUUACAUAAAGGGUGAAUAUUUGAAUUUUCUUUUAAAUUUCACUGCAUCUUCAAUUGCCCAACUGUGUUUUCUGAUAAAUUUUAGAUUGACAUUUUUAGGAAAUCUGGAGUACUCCAGACAAUAUACUAGAUACCCAGAAACUUUUCUCAGUAGGUUCUGAGGUGUUUUAAGUUCUUAUGCUAGACUGUAAGCUCCCUGAGGGCAGAGACUGUUUUAUUUAUUCUUGUAUCCUCAGUGCCUGGUACAGGACUUGACACAGAGUAGUUGUUCAAUAAAUAUUUGUUGAAUGAAUCAAAUGAA